AAAAACCUAGCCUAAAAUUUCAUAUAUGGUUGUCGUGAUGUUUUGUUUCAUGCGACAUCCUAUUACAAACACAAUGAAUGAAGUAAAUCACGUCUUGGCUUUCAGGCUGCAUCUUCUGUCAUUGAUAAGGCUUUGAUAUUGCAUGCUGUAUUGCUAGAGAUUUGGAGAGACAGUGAUCCGAGUCUGUAAUCAAUGGCGGGUCCUAUAAGCCGCAGAUCGACAAACGCAUCACGUUCGGUUCUUAGAUCAAGAAUUUCCGUCGCAAUUCUCAUUGGAAUUAUCCUUGGAUGUAUCUUUGCAGUUUUAUAUCCUCAUGGUUUCUUCUCUCGCGACUCCUAUUCCGAUUCUCAUUUCCAGAGUCGUCGUCUUUCAAGAUCGAAUAUCCAGAUUAAAUGUGAAUCCACAGAGAGAGUUAACAUGUUAAAAUCAGACAUUGAAGAUCUAUCAAACACAAAUGAUGAACUACAGAAGCAAAUUAGGGACUUAAACGAAAAGUUGCGGGUGGUUGAACAGAAAAACCGUCAAGCUGAACAACAAGUUGUAGUUGUAGGUGAUCCCCAAAAAGCUGGGCCUUUCGGGACCGUUAAGGGUAUAAGAACUAACCCAACUGUCCUCCCAGAUGAAGCUGUUAACCCGAGACUCGCCAAGAUCUUGGAAAAAGUAGCAGUAAAAAAUGAGCUUAUAGUUUCACUUGCAAAUUCUAAUGUAAAGCCCAUGUUAGAGGUAUGGGCUUCCAGCAUAAAAAGAUCAGGCAUACACAAUUAUCUUGUUGUGGCUUUGGAUGAUGGAAUUGUAGAUUUUUGCAAAGAAAAUAAUGUACCGUUUUACACAAGAGACCCAGAUGAGGAAAUCGAUUCCAUUGGCAAAACAGGCGGUAAUCAUCAAGUUUCGGGGUUAAAGUUCAGAAUCUUGAGGGAGUUUUUGCAGUUGGGUUAUGGUGUUUUGUUAUCUGAUUUGGACAUUGUAUACAUACAGAAUCCCUUUGAUCAUAUACAUCGCGAUUCAGAUGUGGAAUCAAUGUCUGAUGGACAUGAUAACAUGACUGCUUAUGGAUAUAAUGAUGUUUUUGAUGAGCCUGCAAUGGGUUGGGCUAGAUAUGUUCAUACAAUGAGAAUUUGGGUUUAUAAUUCUGGGUUUUUCUAUUUAAGACCUACUCUACCUGCGAUUGAGCUUUUAGAUCGCGUGGCUGACAGGCUUUCUCGCGACCCAUCUGAAUGGGAUCAAGCGGUUUUCAACGAGGAAUUGUUUUUCCCUUCUCAUCCUGGUUAUAUUGGUCUUCAUGCUUCUAAACGAACGAUGGAUCAUUAUCUUUUUAUGAACAGUAAGGUUCUUUUUAAGGAGGUUAGAAAAGAUGAUGAUUUGAAGAGGUUAAAGCCGGUGAUUGUUCACGUUAACUAUCAUCCUGAUAAGUUACCGCGAAUGGAAGCUGUUGUUGAGUUCUAUUUUAAUGGCAAACAAGAUGCGUUUGACAUGUUUCCUGAUGGUUCUGAUUAAUAGUAAGGUGUAUGAUCUUGAUCAGUUAGAAAGAAAAUGACAUAGUAAUACUAUCAAUGUUUCUUGCA